AUGGACGUCUCUGCAUUUGCGAAAGCGCAUGUACCAGAAAUCACAGCUACUGCGGGCUUGGUCACCUAUGCCGCCGCGAAGAACAAGCUCACUCCCGCUGGAAUCGUAGCAGGCAUUUUUGUCGCCUUCAUCCACAUGAUCCAUCCCUGGCCCAGUUUCUUCUGGCUUCUGAUAUUCUUCUUCUUUUUCGGAACAGUCGUCACAAAGAUUGGCCAUGAAGCCAAGGCACAUUUGACAGCCUCAGCGACUGGAGGAUCAGGCGGCGAGGGCGCGAGAAGUUAUGUCCAGGUGUUUGCAAAUUCCGGAUUCGCAUGUUUUCUCAUCGGACUGCAUGCGUUUCUGCUGAAUAGCACGCCAUUCAUCUCUUCGCAUGUGGCGAUGUUUGCUGGGCCUUACUUUCCGACUUUGCAGAGGUUGCUUCCUAUCGGUAUUGUCGCUCAGUAUGCUGCUGUUGCCGCAGAUACUUUUAGCUCGGAGCUUGGAAUUCUUUCGCGAGGACAACCAUUCAUGAUUACAGCACCUUGGAAGAAAGUCCCCAAAGGUACCAAUGGAGGCGUGACCGUUGAUGGACUGGUUUAUGGAGCUUUGGGGAGUGUGUUACUCACUGCCGUCGCAUCCUUUGCUCUCUUUCUCGCUCCUCCACACAAGUCGAUGGAUGUUCGAGCUUUCGUCCUACUCACUGCGUCUGGUCUGGCUGGAAGCAUCAUCGACUCUGUGCUUGGGGCACUACUCCAGGUCACAGUUACAGAUAAAGGAUCGGGGAAAGUUGUAGAAGGCGCUGGCGGACAGCGGGUCCAGGUACUGCCCAAUGGUAGCAGAGUGCAGGCUGGUCAGGAUCUGCUCACCAAUAACGGGGUGAACUUCGUCAUGGCUGCGACGGCGAGCUUGGGAGCUAUGGGCGUUGCAUAUGUGCUUGGAUAUGGACUUGUUGCUCAAUGA